CUCAACUCCCAGAAUUUCAAACCCAAGGUCACACUGUCCACCCACAUUAUCCGCUAUCCGCUAUCCGCUAUCCGCUAUCCAGACCUCCAGAUACUCAACUUUCUCCAAAAUGGUCGCCCUAAACUCCCCAGUCGAAACACAGGAACCCGCCCUAUUCACAGGCGCCAUCCUCACCACCACAAAAUCCAAAAGCGGCACGUACCACCCCCCGAAAAACGAGUGGGCGUCCUUCAACACCACCGUCGGAACCAUCAAUGUCACCGGUACAAUCAACCACCUCAGCUUCGACACCGUCAUGGAAGUGAGUGUCGCGGGUCUCUGCGUCGGAGCGUUCACGGGAAACCCGCAGCUUUCGUUCAUUGUCGAGGUUGAUCUGGAGUGCGCCAAUGGGGAGCUCCAGCUCACGGCCGUGGGGGAUGAUAUCUAUCUCAAGGUUGAUAUGGCCUUGGUGCAGGUCGGGAAGGAUAAUAAGGCAGAGCGGGUGAAGUUGUCCGAGUCGGUUUGUGUCAAGAGUCUGCCGCAGGAGUUGUGUGAGCCGUGGAUGCCGAUGCGGUAGGAUAUAUGCUGGGUUUGAAUGUAUGGGCGUCUUAUGGGUAAGUCAGGAUAAAAUACAGGAUAUAGGGGUUUAUAUUCGUGGCCAAUUUGUCUAGAUGGGUUUAAUUGUUAAUCAUGAUUUAGGCGUGGAAUGGGAUGCAUGGUAUAUUUCUA